AUGGCUCCUUCAAAGUGGGAAGUGGGAAUUAUCUUAGUCACUCAGAUGGGAGUGGGACUCCUUGGGAACUCAUUCCUCCUUUGUCUUUAUAACUUCACUUUGCUCACUGGACACAAGGUGAGACCCACAGACUUGAUUCUCAAUCAACUAGUCUUAGCCAACUCCUUGGUGCUUUUCUCCAGAGGGAUCCCUCAUACAAUGGCAGCUUUUGGAUCAAAACAUUUCCUGAAUGAGGCUGGAUGUAACUUUCUCUUCUAUUUGCAAAGGGUGGCCAGAGGGAUUUGUUUUAGCACUGCUUCCAUCCUCAGUGGCUUCCAAGCCAUUAGACUUUGCCCCAAUUUCUCUAGGUGGAUGGAACACAGGAUGAGAUCACCAAAGUGCGUUGCCUUCCUUUGCUUCCUUUGCUGGAUCUUGCAUCUUUUGGUAAAUAUCGUUAUUCUUUUCCAAAUGACUAGUACAACUCACAGUGAAAACUUUAGUACUAAUAUGAAAGUAAAUUAUGGAUACUGUUCCUCAGUGAAUCCAGACAGAAUUACAAGUUUUGUAGUUACAGCCAUAUUCUUCACAACAGACUUCAUAAGUUCAGCCCUCAUGGUCUGGGCUAGUGGCUCCAUGGUCAUUUUCCUCCACAGGCACAAGCAGCGGGUCCAACACAUUCACAGCAACAGCCAUUCUUCUAGACGUUCUGCUGAAGCCAGAGCCACAUGUACCAUCUUGAUCCUUGUGAGCUCAUUCUUCUCCUUUUACUCACUGUCUUCUCUUUUGUCUAUUUGGAUGACUCUAUUUGUUAUUCCAGGCCAGUGGCUGAUUGAUCUCUCUAUAUUUUUGUCUUUAUGUUUCCCAACAUUCAGCCCCUUUGUGCUUAUUUGCAGUGAUACUCGUGUCACUUGUAAGACAGUUGUUUUAUCUUCUAGGCAAGGAAAACACUUGCUAAUUUGGCUGUGA